AAAAAUUCAAAAUUCAAAUCCCGUAACGGCCCGAAAUCUCCCAUGCCCUCAUCUCUUCUUCUUCUUCUUCUUCUUCUCCCCCUCCAAUACUCCCACUGUCACACACAUACAGAGAGCUCACUCACACGAAAAUGGCGUCUCUCACGCCAGGAAUCCUCCUGAAGCUCCUCCAGUCAAUGAACUCCGGCACUCGCGUCACCGGCGACCACAGAUCCCCCCUCCUCCAAGUCACCGGAAUCGUCCCCGCCCUCGCCGGCUCCGAUCUCUGGCCCAACCAUGGCUUCUUCGUCCAGAUCUCCGACUCCCUUAACUCCACCUACGUCUCUCUCUCAGACCGCGACACCGAUCUCAUCCUCACCAACCGUCUCCAGCUCGGUCAGUUCAUCUACCUCGAACGUCUCGAUUUCUCCACCCCCGUCCCUCGCGCCGUCGGUAUCCGCCCCGUCGCCGGCCGCCAUCCCUUCGUCGGAUCUCCCGAGCCGCUCAUCGCUCGCGUCUCCUCCGGGUCCAAACGUGACUUCGUCAUCCAACCCGUCGCCGAUUCCGAGUACUCCCUCGACCCAAUCGCAGUUUACUUGAACAAUAAGCGUGUCGACGACGAUGUCACGGCAGUGACGUCACAGAGCAAGGAGUCUUCCAGAUACGCCGGGAGGCAAGCACUUGCUCCGAUGAAUCGGAACGAAGAGAAUCUGAAUCCGAGAUCAAAGCAGACACCGCAGAGAUUCUCGUCACCGGCGUCAUCGAAGAGGUCAAUCUCGACGGGGAAGAAGAGAGAUCCGUCGCCGGCGGCGGAGGCCGGGAAGGGAAGGAGAUCAGCGUCUCCGGUGCCUUCUAAGUGCGUGGUGCCGAGCCUCGUGGCGGCGCGUGAGGAUAACAGGAAGGUGGCGAGGGAGCCUGCGAUUGUGGUUCCGUCGAGGUAUCGACAACCGUCGCCGACAGGGAGGAAGCUCCAUCCAUCUCCGAGUGGAAGGAGGACUUCGGUUUCGCCGGGACGGAGGCUGUCGGGUAUUUUCAAGGUCUCUCCGAUGGUCGGAGAUUCGUCCGGGAAGAAGAAGAUGGCGGCCAUUGUUGCCGGAAUUUCCAAGGUGUCAGAAGCCCUCGUCGGUUCAUCAGCCAAGGGUAGUAAUCGCAAGAGCUGGGAUGAGUCCGGGACCGGAAUGAAUGCUGUAUCAGCCGAUGGAAGUGCCCAGAAGGAGCAGAAAGAGAAGGGUUCUGCUAAGAACAAGCCUGAUCUUCAGGCAAUCCUGCGUACUCAGGCUGCUAUAUCGAGGCGUCUUAGCGAUGUGAAUAGCCGAAAGGGUGAGAAGGAGGACACCUCAACAUGUGAAGAUAAAGAUAAGUCCUGUUCAUCAGAAACUAGUUCAGUCCAUGAGGCUUCAGCCAUUGAAGCGCUUGGCAUCACCUUUCAUGAACCGAAAUGGACUGAUGGAAGCAUACCAUGGGAUACCGUCUCACAGGACCUUGCGAAACUCGCAAAGGAGGCUACCCGUAGAAGAGAUGUUGCCGCUAGAACCGCAGCUCGAGCUUUGGAAGAAGCCAACUCGAACGAGUGUAUCAUUAGGUGUUUAAGUAAAUUUUCUGAACUGUCUUUGACACCGAAGCUCGGAAAUCCACUCCCCACCAUCAAUCAAUUUCUGGCCAUCUAUGAAGACACCGUGAGAUACUCUAAGAUCGCCAAGUCUGUUGCUUUCGGCCAUUCUUCAGCACAUGACGCCUCGGCCGAGCAAUCAAACUCAAUCUCUCUUUGGGUGGAGGCUGCAUUAGCCACCGAUCUUGAUGUAGUCUCACUCGUGCCAAACCAGAAGAGCAACGAAGCGCCUUCUGUUCUUAAAAAAUGUACUUCCAAUCGCCAACCUCACAGACCCUCUAUCGAGACCAACCCUAAAACAGAUCAUGCCCUCGGGAAGUGGACUGAUGGAGACGGAAUGAAGGAGACAGUUAAACUCGCAGCGAAGUUACAGACCGAGAUGCAGAAGUGGUUCCUAGGGUUCGUCGAGUCAUCUCUUGACAACAAAAACACGGCGGCUGCUCUGUCUCUGGACUGCAGCUCCAUAGCGGCUGUUCUGUCGCAGCUGAAGCGUGUCAACGAGUGGUUGGACCGAGUGGUUUCGUCCCGAGAGGAAGAGGAGGAUCCGUCCUUAACGGACAAGAUCGAGCGUUUGAAGCGCAAGAUCUACGGAUUUGUCAUUCACCACGUCGGAUCUACUUACGAUAACUCUCUGUCUCUUCCUUGUUAACUUCGUUCACACGUCUCGUUUCCGUAAUCCCGAAUGAACCGUCUCGACACUCUUGUUUCUACGUUCCUUCCCAUGCCGGAUUUACUGUUUUUGUUAACUUUGUUAUCACUUGCGGUA